CAUGUACUAUCGGGGGCGGGGCUGCCAAGGGAGGAGGAAGAUGGCGGCGGGGGCGAGGUGAGGUGUUGGCAGUGGAAAGGGGCUCGGGCGCGGGGGGCGGGGGGACGCGGAGCUAUGGCCCGCGCCGGCCGCAGGGGCGGAUAAAAAGCCGUCGCGCCGCGGGUGAGGGCGGGAGGGAGGUGAAGGCGCCCGAGCGCCACAAGAGUAUGACGGGGCUGUACGAGCUGGUGUGGCGGGUGCUGCACGCGCUGCUCUGCCUGCACCGCACGCUCACCUCCUGGCUCCGCGUUCGGUUCGGCACCUGGAACUGGAUCUGGCGGCGCUGCUGCCGCGCCGCCUCUGCCGCGGUCCUAGCGCCACUCGGCUUCACGCUCCGCAAGCCCCCGGCUGUCGGCAGAAACCGCCGUCACCACCGGCACCCGCACGGGGGGCCGGGCCCGGCCGCCGCCCACCGCCGGCUCCGCUGGCGCGCGGACGGCCGUUCCCUGGAAAAGCUGCCUGUGCAUAUGGGCCUGGUGAUCACCGAGGAGGAGCAGGAGCCCAGCUUCUCGGACAUCGCGAGCCUAGUGGUGUGGUGUAUGGCCGUGGGCAUCUCCUACAUUAGCGUCUACGACCAUCAAGGUAUUUUCAAAAGAAAUAAUUCCAGAUUAAUGGAUGAAAUUUUAAAACAACAGCAGGAACUUCUGGGCCUAGAUUGUUCGAAAUACUCACCUGAGUUUGCAAAUAGUAAUGACAAAGAUGAUCAAGUUUUAAGUUGCCAUUCAGCAGUCAAGGUGCUGUCCCCAGAAGAUGGAAAAGCAGAUAUUGUGAGAGCUGCUCAGGACUUUUGCCAGUUAGUCGCCCAGCAGCAAAAGAGACACACAGAUUUGGAUGUAGCUAUGUUAGACAGUUUACUUAGUUCAAAUGGUUUCCCUGAUCCUGAUUUAGUAUUGAAGUUUGGUCCUGUGGACAGCACAUUAGGCUUUCUUCCCUGGCACAUCAGAUUGACUGAGAUUAUCUCUUUGCCUUCCCACCUAAACAUCAGUUAUGAGGACUUUUUCUCUGCCCUUCGUCGGUAUGCAGCCUGUGAGCAACGUGUGGGAAAGUAGUGAUCCUUGGUCGUGUAAUUCAAUUUAGGCUUUUCGAGAAAAGGACCCAAGUGACUCUGAUGUUUACAAAGCACCUAUGAAGCCCUGUAUACACCUAGUUCAUAAUCCUCAUAAUUUAUCGACAAACACAAAAAAGUGUCUUACUUGAGAGUGAGUGUGUGUGUGCUUGUGUGUGUGCAUGUGUGUGUGUAUGGAAAUAAACAUAUUAAUGGGGAAGUAUUGGAGAAGGAAAUAUAAAGACCUACAACCUUGAGCAAAUAGCAUUAUUUUAGGAGCUGACAUUUCAGAUUUAAAGUCUUCAGUCCCAACUACUCUGUUCUGGUUGUUGGAGGAGGGGAAUGAUUUUUGUUCAGUCCUUCCUAGUAACCAAAUUUUAAUUUUUAAGAACAAUAUAUUGACUUAUUAAAUGGAAGCAUUCUGAGUUUGAGGGAGCUCCAGAGGAAUGGAGUUCUGUGUUGGUCAUAUGUUAAGAGCUUGAUCACUUUCGGAGCAGAGGGAAUACCUGUCUUCAGAUAUCCGUCCAUUUUCAUCUCUUCAUUAUAGUCAAAUAAUUGACUUGAGAGUAUUGCUCUGGUGUCAGUGUUCUGGGUUGUGAAGAUCAUUUGAAAAAGAAUUCUUACUACAUUGAAAUGCAGAAUUUUAGAAAUUUAAAUAUUGGAUAGUCAAAAAAAAAAUGAAUAAGUUGUAAGGUUAAAAGUAAAGCUGGAAAAUUUCUUAUGAAAGGAAAGAAUGUUUUGAUUUCCUUUUUUGUUUGGUGGGCAGUAUGCUAUAUCAUACCCAAAGUUGGUUUAAAAAAUAUUUCCAUUAGCUAUUUUUAUUUAAAAUAAAUAUUUGAGGGAAGUUACCAAGGCAGCUCUUUUCCUCAAAAGUUACCUGUUCCUCUUUGGAAUAGCACUUUUAGGGCCAUGUUAAUACCUGGGAUUUUUACUCAGUAAAUCCUGAUGGUUACUUUGCAUAAAAGAUCUUUAAGUAGGAUUGAGGCCUGUGUAGGGAAUAAAAUACUACCAAAGUAUAUAAAAAUAAUUUAAAUUAAUUCUAUACGUUCUCUUUUAUGACAGAGAACAGCACAGCACUGGUUCUGUUAUUUUUAAAAUGAAUAAAUGAUUUCUUGAUAUGUGUUUCAUAUUUCUUCCCUCACUGCUGAUUCUUGGGUAGAAAACCAUUCUUUAUAUUUUGAUAGACUGUUUUCAGAAAACUCUCUUAUGAGCAUGUGUACAAUAGUUAUCUAAAAUUGUACAUUUAGAUGGAGUAGUUCAAAUAUUAGAUUUCAGAAGUAUGAAAAAGCAAAGAAGACUGGAUUUGGAAUUGCUUGUCAAAUUCUGAACCUAUGAAGAGUAAAUGUUUCAACUUUGGAUUACAAAACCCCAUUUAUGAUUUUAAAAUACAAUUGAAAUAAAAAUGAUUAAAUUUAAAUUCUAGUCAUGUUACUUUGUAUUUCAUAGUCCUUUGUAUGUUUUAAGACUUGAGUUUUUUUAUCUUAAUUUAUUGCUGAAAGUUUGUGUGAAGCUUAUCUAAACUUUAUCAGAGAAUUUCUGAUUUCUGUUCUCCUUUCCUGUGAUUUAUGUUAUAUGGAGGCUUUUAUGGCAUAGGUUAAAACUGAAUUUAUGCCUUUUAUAAACAUGAUAGGUAUAAAUGUCUUUAUAAACAUUCUGGAGUAUGUAUAGUUUAAAUGAAUUUAAUUUAAUGGGCCCAGUUGAAGUGAAGGGAUUUAAUAUUUGUUAAAAUGAAGGUAGUCAAAUUAAAUACCCAUUAGUAUAUAGCCCAAGUCACUGGAGGUUUAAUAUUUGAAUUUUGUACUUUUAUUUUCUCCUUCCAUUUCAUAAGUGUGUACAUUAAAGUAUAUCUGUAGCCUGUGACCUGAAUCUAUUGUAAAGUCCUAAGAAGAGACUCUUACAACAAGUUGCUAAGGGUUCUGAAUUCAGAUAUAGACAUUCCAGAACUUUCUGUAUGUGAGCUCAACUGCUAGUACAGUCUUCACAACUUGAAUGGCAUUGGUUGUUCUAUAAUUCCUGCCAAAAUUAUCACAAUUUAUGCAUUACAAGGGCUCCCUUUGAUCUCCCAAGAAGAACUGAUAAUUUUAAAGAAAAAAGUAUGUGUCUUUAUACAUACACCGAAGGAUAUUGUCUUUAAAUUGUUUCUUCCUGACACUUCUCAAAAUGGAAAAAUUACCAAAUUAAACCUACUUUCUGGCUGGCAGUUUGGAACAGAGAAAGAAAUUGGAGGAUUUGAAUUCCAUUCCUGGUUCUCUUUUUUUUAUUUUUUUAAACCAAUUGAUUACUGUUAUAAAGUUUAAAAGUUGGUUUUAAUGUGAAUAGCAGAUUCUGGUAUAUUGUGAUUAAGGCUUAAGAAUGUCUGUUUUUAAGAGGACGGUGUUACAAUAUUAAUGAACAGUGCCAAAUACACUGUGCAUAUCUACAAUUUAAUCUUUGAAUGUAUGUUACUUGAUUAGCUAGCUCUCUCCUCCUUCAGUGUGGUGGUACCAUGCAUAGAGUCAAUCAGAUCCUUGUGAUGUUUUGUAUGGACUUUGGCAACAUGUAAAUAAUGUGUAAAGCAAGUUUUUAUGAUUAAGGAAUCAAAUUUGUUGAAUUUUAUUAUUGAAAGUUGAACUUUAACAUGUAUGAACAAAAACCAAUAAAAGAAUAUACUCUUUUCAUGGACUAU